AAACUUCAUCAGUCUCUAUUCGUCUAUUGUUCGCGUCGGUUGUAGCACGUGGCUGUCAUCGUUACACUCUGACAAAUUCAACACGUGGAAUCUAUACAAUUUGUCAGUGGAAUGCCCAGAGGUUUUCGUUUUUUGUUAUGUGCAAUAUCGACUCCUAUUGCGCUGCUGCUCCUUACGCUAGUGCUGCCUUUAAACGGUGAAUAGUAGCAGCUGAUUGCCUGUGCUUUCCAUUAGGAUUAAAGUGGCUGACUUUAGUGGGUGUGAAGUAUUGGAUAGAAAGUUUUUUUUUCUGUAAAAUAGAAUAUAUACAUACGUGAAAUUUUUUUGUGAAUGAAACACAUUGAUCGUUCAUCCAGAUAAUGUGCUGCGAAUGAUGUUUUGGAUUUAUGUAGUUUCUGAAGAAUCAACAGUGUUUAUGUGUAAAUUUGGUCACUAAUCAUACAAAUGUUACCACUAUUUAGUUUGUGAUAGAAUAAAGGUUGAAGAAAAAACAAAUGUGUGAUCAUUCGCUGUAAGACCAAUGUGAACAUAGGUUUUGUCACAAAGAAACGGUGUAGCUUGUGGAACAGCGUGCGGAAUUCAAACGAAACGUUGGCAUCCUUUAUCACGCAAAAACCCCGCAGGAACACACGCUUCAAAAUUUUAACGGAAAACACGAAGGCGCCCCCUAGGGCUGUCGCACUGGCGUCCUAUUUGGGGGAAGGAUUCUCUGCCAUAGGUGCCCGGGCACCACCAGCAAAAGAUCUAAUGGCGUUCGGUUCAGUGUUACAACACAACCAACACAACAUAGGUCGAGGUGAGCCACCAUCCGGGGUAGCGGACCCGUGCGCCGGAUGUAACAAGCCGAUCUUAGACAAAUUUCUAUUGAACGUGUUGGAGCGAGGCUGGCAUGCGGCGUGUGUGCGAUGUUGCGAGUGUCACCAGCCUCUUUCUGAUAAGUGCUUCAGCAGAGAAUCGAAGCUCUACUGUAGGAAUGACUUUUUUAGACGAUAUGGUACAAAGUGUAGUGGUUGUGGCCAAGGCAUUGCGCCUUCAGAUCUAGUGCGAAAACCGCGUGAUAAAGUGUUUCAUUUAAAUUGUUUUACGUGUUGUAUCUGCAGAAAACAGUUAAGUACCGGUGAACAGUUGUAUGUUUUAGAUGACAAUAAAUUUAUUUGCAAGGAUGAUUAUCUCCUCGGAAAAGGCCCACAUCCGUCAUCGAUGACAGAUUCUCUGAUGGGCUCGGGAUCGGAAGAUGAAGAUGAGGAUGAACACAUAAGGCCUGGCUUAGGAUUAGUACCGCUUGGUCCAAGCGAUGGACCCCUCGGAACGUCAGAUCUGUCAGUGCAAAGUAUGAGUACGGAUAGCAAAACGGGUCAUGAUGAUAGUGACCAAGGCUCGUUAGAUGGUGACCCGGAUUGCAGAGGCGAUUCGCAAGCCGAAAACAAAAGUCCAGAUGAUGGCGCGGGCUCGAAACGAAGGGGUCCACGAACAACAAUUAAAGCCAAACAGCUAGAAGUGUUGAAAACUGCAUUUAGCCAAACUCCCAAACCAACGAGGCAUAUUAGGGAACAGUUAGCCAAGGAAACUGGACUACCAAUGCGAGUGAUACAGGUUUGGUUUCAGAACAAACGUUCGAAAGAGCGAAGGUUAAAGCAACUGACUAGCAUGGGACGCGGCCCAUUUUUCGGUGGAGCCCGAAAGAUGCGUGGUUUUCCAAUGAAUCUUUCGCCGGGUGGGCUGGAUGAGCCCGGAUUUCCGUAUUUUGCUGCCGACGGUAAAUUUGAUUUCGGAUACGGAGGCCCACCUUUUCACCCACACGAUGCGCCCUUCUUCCCCGGCCAUCCUGGGGCUGGCCCGAUGCCUUUCAAUGCUCCUGGAGGACCCAUGGACCACUCCGGACCGAUCCCCAUGGUGAGCGAUUUUGGUGGGAUGACACCGGAGACGAAUUUUCUCAAUCAACCAAACGGUCCACCGGGAAACGCCGGAGCCGGGGGUCCACCUGAAAACAUGAUCGGGGGCCCCCGGCCAGGAAGUCCCGAAUUCAUGACCUCUGGCAACUUUUCCGAACCUCAGAAUAUGCAAAACGAAGGAUUAGUUUGGUAAAAAUUACUGAAUUUUUUUAGCAUUGUUAAGUGAUAGUAAUUUAUUUGUUCUGUUAACUAUUUCCUAAUAAGUCUAAAGAGAGAACGCAAGAGAUAUAGGUUUAUUAUGUUUGGAACUUCUCGCAGACCGCUGCAUUUAAAUGAACUGUGUACAUAUACUAGCCAUUGGAUUCAUUUCACAAUCUGUAGGUUGCCUUUGUUGGUUUAUUUACAUAUUGCUUACUGCUUUCUGGCAUUCCGCGUGGCAUACAGAGAUUGUGCAAAACAAGCUGGCGUCAGAGGGUAUUCUUUUACAUGUUCGUUUUUGCGAAAGAGAUUGUUUUUACUGCCGGUAUGUUUAGAGUUUGUUUGGUAGUUUUGGAUCGUAAAACAAGAGUACACUUCAACUUUGUUUGAAUAACGGAUCACGUAAAAAUGCUAAAAAAUAAAAGAGUCGAGACUUAAAAUAUAAACCAAAUGAAAAUAGGUCUAAAAGGUGCUUACUUGGCCGCGACCGGGGAAAUCGCAUCCACACUGCGUGUAUGACAUCACACGUCAAACCUAACACUUUCCAAUUCAGCUUAAGCGAAAAAUUCGGACAUGAGCUAUUAUGAAAAAUGUCAUUGAAAUAUGUUAAACUUCAUAUAUAACAAUGAUAUCCAUUUUACACUAUGAGUUUUUGCCGGAAAACCGUCAUUUGUGAGUUACAUAUCUUAACUAUGCUACUGAUGGCUUAGCUUCUUCAGUAUGUUGUCGAAAGUCAUCGUAGGUACUACAAUCCUCUGAGUAACAAUGUCGACCUAAUGCGUUAUUAGGAUAAAAACCCUAAAUCAUUUGUCUCUUACUGGAGCAAGAAACAAGAUCAAUCCUCCCAUCAGUAUUAUUAUAAAAAUAAGCAGAAUAGAUCGGUAUUAAAUCAAUAGAAGAAAUGUUUUUAAUAGCGCAUCCAGUGUGUGACUUACAAAGAGACUUUUCGAAAGUAAUGUUUUAAUAUUCAGUCAUUAGGUAUAUUUUACUUCAACAUGUGCCGGAAGCAGAUCUUUCAAAGAUUCGAAAGCAACCCCAUCCUAACUCGGAAAAAAUGUAAUUAGAAAUUCAAAAGUUUGACUGGUGGCUUCGAAAAACGGACAAAAUUUUCAAUCAUACCUAAAACUUUUGUGUUUGGUAUGAAUGGAACAGUGACUGUAAAUAACAUUUUAUCUGCGCGUGUAUAAAGUUCCGAUUGCUUUCAAAUCAAAUUCCAAAACAAAUAGUAGCAUAACAACAGUGUGACAGGAAUACACAGAUAACGAAAAAUAUAUGCAAUAGGUGAGUACUAAUGGAAUGGAUGACGAAUUAAUAGAAGAAUCUUAGAUAAAUUUAACGCGAAACAGCCUCCGAUACACGACAAAAAUCAGUAAAUCACACAAACGUGCUUAGACGUAGGCGUAUAUUUGAUGGAACGACUGCAUCCCUCGAAUGGAAAACUAGUAUUUUCUAUGAUUUAACAGUUCCGGUUCCUUUCAUUUCGAGGGGAAUUGAACAUGCAAGUUGGAAAAAACAAAUCUAUUCUAUAGCGAAACGAAUCAAUGGGAUAGAACUACUUGAAGGUGUAAUAUAAAUAUACAUAAUAUACAUUGAAUGAAAUGGUUGUAAAUAACUAUCGGAUAAAGAGUUAAGCAUAAGCUAAACUUUAGAGAUGAUUAAAGCAUUGCUGAAUUUUUUAUGUGUCGGGCAGUGAACAAACAAUAAGCAGCGGUGAGCAAAUAAGAAAUGACAAAAUCAUUGUGUUGAUAUUUAUAGGAAAAGAAACCAUGAAAAUAAUAAAACAAUUAAAAUAA